UUUGGGGUUAAUGCUACUGGUGGUUGUUGGUAGAGCUGGUCGAGCAUUAAAUCAAAUCUAUUUUGGCCUCUGCUUUAUUUUGCUAAUAAGCCCUAAUUCUCAAAAUCGAACUCCAAUUUCUAUUUCAACUAAUUCCACCAAUUCUUCUCCAUUGAAGGCGCAGCUGCGAUUAGCCAUUAUCGAGCAGUGUGCACUUGCAAGGGGCAUAAUCUAGGAACGUGGUUGUAUUAUCCCCUAAAAAGAAGAGGAUUUUGAUGGUUUGGUAUAAACAAGCCGAACUCCAGCUUCUUCUCCGGUCCGCUUGAUUCAUUUAUACUACAGCCCUAGCAACGGAUGCCGGGCAUACCUCUCGUGGCUCGUGAAACUGCGAAUUGUGUUUGCAAUUGCAGUUACUCCCAAGGUGCGGACCAUAUGUGUCGUCAAGAUCCCCGUGCGCAUUUGUCUCCAGAAGAGCAAAUUGCAGCUGAGGAAAGCCUCUCAAUUUACUGCAAGCCCGUUGAAUUGUACAACAUUCUUCAGCGCCGUGCUGCUAGAAACCCAUCCUUUCUUCAGAGAUGUUUACGGUACAAAAUACAAGCAAAACACAAGAAAAGGAUUCAAAUGACAAUCUCCCUACCGUCAACUGUAAAUGAUGAAUCUCAAAUUCGAAGUCUAUUACCUUUGUGUAUAAUGUUGGCAAGGCCCGUUUAUAGUCCUGCAGUUGUAGAGGAUUCUGCAGUUUAUCGAUUCAGGCGAGAGUGUAUAUUGACUAAAUGUACUGAAGAUGAUGCAAUGAACCAAGAUGAAGCAAAUUUCAUUCUUCCCGAGAUUAAUAAACUAUUAGCUGAAGUCAAAUCUGGCUCUCUUACAAUUUUGUUAGUUAGCUGUGCUGAAUUGUUUAAGGAGCACACAGAUGGACCAUCGUUUCCAGCUAAUGUUGGAGGUCACUGUUUCCUGGGUAAGAUUCCAAUGGAAUUGCUUCACUUGAGUAGUGGGGGGAGAGCUGAGAUGUUGUUGCCUGUUGACUUGCAUUCCUGCCUCCUGAAGACGGGCUGUUUUGGAGAAGAUAAAUGCCUUUCAUUUCACAGUCCCCAUGCUGGAGCUAUGGAUUUGUCUCAACAACUGCAAGUCCGUGUUGCAGCAGAAGAAAUUGGGCUCAAGCAGAGAUCUCCUUAUGAUUCAUUCUCAUAUUAUGACGUUCCCUCCUCCACUUUGCCUCAGAUUAUAAGGUUGAGGACUGGAAAUGUUGUUUUCAACUACAGAUACUAUAAUAACAAGUUGCAGAGGACUGAAGUAACGGAGGACUUUACAUGCCCUUUCUGCUUGGUCAAAUGUGCAAGCUUUAAGGGUCUCAGAUUUCACCUGCCCGCCUGCCAUGACCUCUUCAACUUUGAAUUUUGGGUUGGUAAACUUAAUGUAACAGAGGAAUUUCAAGCUGUCAAUAUAUCUGUAAAGACCGAUACAUGGAGAUCUGAGAAUGUUGCAGCUGGUGUUGAUCCUAAGCAACAAACAUUUUUCCUUUGUUCAAAGGCACCACGGCGCAGAAAAACGAAGAGCCCAACGCAGAAUCCGAAGUUUGUGCAUCCUCUUGUCUUAGAUUCAGAAAUGCCGGGAUCAAUCAUUGAGCUUAGAGAAAAGACUGUUGUUGGUGUAGAAGAGAGUGCAGACCGUGAUGCAUCCAGUCCCAGAGCUUCAUCUGCCACUGCUCAUUCAUAUGCAGACCCUGAAUGUGUCCAGUCAUUACCUGGAAACAUUGCGCAUCCAGCAUUACUACAGUUUGCAAAGACAAGGAAAUUAUCUGUCGAACGCUCUGAUCCUAGAAAUCGUGCACUCUUGCAGAAGCGGCAGUUCUUUCACUCUCAUAGAGCUCAACCCAUGGCCAUGGAGCAAGUCUUAUCAGAUCGGGACAGUGAGGAUGAAGUUGAUGAUGAUGUUGCAGAUCUUGAAGACCGAAGGAUGCUGGAUGACUUUGUGGAUGUCACAAAAGAUGAGAAGCGGUUGAUGCAUCUUUGGAACUCUUUUGUCAGGAAGCAAAGAGUAUUGGCGGAUGGUCAUAUUCCUUGGGCGUGUGAGGCUUUCUCCAAACUGCACAAGCAGGAUCUUGUUCAGAUACCAGCACUACUUUGGUGCUGGAGAUUAUUUAUGAUCAAACUCUGGAAUCAUGGUCUUCUUGAUGCUCGUACUAUGAACAGUUGUAAUAUAAUCCUCGAGCAACCACUAGAGGCAGACAUGGACCAAGGCCCAGACACAUGAUAUACGCAGUGACAGUGUUGCUGCUGCGUCUCGAACAAGUGUCUUCCUUAUCUUUAGACCGGAGAAGUAUUAUGCAAAUUUCAGUUGUUAUCCAUCUCCUUUUCUCUCAACAGAUAUCCCUGAAUUUCACUUGGUUACUGGGGACCAAUUGUUCUUUCUCAAUCCUAAUUUUUGAAGUGUUAUUGAAUUAUUUAUCUAAAAUGUAAAGACUGUUGGUACUUGGUAGUUUCUUCUAUGUAUGACAUCUCUGACCAUCCAAACUUGGAUUGUAGUCCAUGAUAAAUUCAUCAUAUGGCUUUGUUUUGCAUCCA